AUGGGAUCAUUUCAUCCGCGUUGGCAUCCGAUCUGCGUCGCGUUUGUGUAUUUGGUGUUUUUACCAACAUGGAGUUCGUGUAGUCAAUUUGCAUUCAACACUAUCAAGAAAAUCAUUGGAGGACUUCUCGCUACAUAUAUUGUAUGCAAAACAGCUUCAGUCAGAGAUAGCACCAGGCUAAAUCAAUUCAAACAUCAUUAUGACCAGCAUCGGAUUUGGAGCAAGGCUUAG